UUCUGCCUUCUCCCCCAUGUACUGUGCUGUCUAGAGCUUGUUUCCCCCCACCCUAUUUUAUUUUUUUUUUUGGUGCUUUAUUGCUGUUAUUGUUAUUAUCUUAAUUUUUCUUCUUCAUGAUGUGCUGUUAGAAACCACUCCGGGACUACUCCAGCAGUAGGAAGACCGAGGAGUGGAGUGGAUGAAUAUACCGAUGAGAGAUCCAGUAAUCCCUGGGACAAGCAUGGCUUAUCAUCCUUUUUUACCUCACCGGGCACCGGACUUUGCCAUGAGCGCUGUGUUGGGACAUCAGCCUCCCUUCUUCCCGGCUCUGGCUUUGCCUCCCAACGGGGCGGCCGCCCUUUCCCUUCCCGGGGCUCUGGCUAAACCCAUCAUGGAUCAGUUAGUGGGGGCUGCAGAGACUGGUAUCCCCUUUUCUUCCCUGGGUCACCAGGCAGCAGCCCAUCUGAGGCCUUUAAAAACUCUGGAGCCAGAAGAAGAGGUGGAAGACGAUCCGAAAGUGCAUCUGGAAGCCAAAGAGCUUUGGGAACAAUUCCAUAAAAGAGGCACGGAGAUGGUGAUUACCAAAUCGGGAAGGAGAAUGUUUCCUCCAUUUAAAGUGAGAUGCACUGGACUGGAUAAAAAGCCCAAGUACAUUUUAUUGAUGGAUAUUGUGGCGGCUGAUGAUUGUAGGUACAAAUUCCAUAAUUCCCGGUGGAUGGUAGCCGGCAAAGCUGACCCUGAAAUGCCAAAGAGAAUGUACAUCCACCCGGACAGCCCGGCCACCGGCGAACAAUGGAUGUCCAAAGUCGUCACCUUUCACAAGCUGAAGCUCACUAACAACAUCUCUGACAAGCACGGAUUUACCAUUUUAAACUCCAUGCACAAGUACCAGCCCCGGUUCCACAUCGUUCGAGCCAACGAUAUUCUCAAGCUUCCCUAUAGCACGUUCAGGACCUACGUUUUCCCGGAGACUGAAUUCAUCGCAGUGACCGCAUACCAGAAUGAUAAGAUCACUCAAUUAAAAAUUGACAACAACCCCUUUGCCAAAGGUUUUCGAGACACCGGGAAUGGAAGGAGGGAAAAAAGGAAGCAGCUGACCCUGCAGUCCAUGCGGGUGUACGACGAGAGGCAGAAGAAGGAAAACCCCACCUCGGACGAGUCGUCCAACGAGCAGACGGCCUUCAAGUGCUUCGCCCAGUCCUCCUGCCCCGCCGUGCCCGCCGUCGGCACCUCCAGCCUCAAAGGUGAGAGCUGCGGCCCCCGGACCCCCCUUGCGGAGAGCCGGGGCGCCUGCUGUGCGGGGGGGACGGAUCCCGGCCUGCACCCCUGCCCUCUGGCACCGGCGGGAUUGACCACCAGCCCCGGUUCCGUACCCCUGGACUCCGCUUCGGACCUCACCAGCCGCUCGUCCACCCUCUCCUCCGGUUCCGUCUCCCUCUCCCCCAAAUUGGGCGCGGACAAAGAGGCGGCCACCAGCGAACUGCAAAACAUCCAGCGCCUGGUCAGUGGGCUCGACCCCAAGCAGGACAGAUCCCGCAGCGGCUCCCCGUAA